GCUACAGACAGAGAAUGCCUGAGCUACAGCCAGCGACUGCCUGAGCUACAGACAGAGACUGCCUGAGCUACAGACAGAGACUGCCUGAACUACAGAUAGAGACUGCCUGAGGUACAGCCAGAGACUGUCUGAGCUACAGCCAGAGGCUGCCUGAGCUACAUACAGAGACUGUCUGAGCUACAGAGACUGCCUGAGCUACAUCCAGCGCCCGUCUCUGAGUGGAGGCACAGGGCCAUGGCGAGUGCGGCUCCCAGUGGUAGCGAGGCUCCUGGGGAGUUGACCUGCCCCAUCUGCCUGGACGCCUUCCGCUGUCCCUGCACGCUCAGCUGCGGCCACUCGUUCUGCCUCGAGUGCGUGGAGGGCGCCUGGGAUGCGGCUGAGUCCUUCUCCUGCCCACAGUGCCGAGUGACUUUCCCUCAGAGGCCCCAGCUGAACAAGAGCGUGACGCUCGCCAACCUGGUGGAGCAGCGCAGUGCCGCAGAUGAAAUGGCCACCGUGGUCUUGUGUGACUUCUGCAACGAUGGCACUACUGCUGCCUCGAAGACCUGCCUCAGGUGUGAUAUGUCCUACUGUGUGACUCAUGUAAAGCCUCAUCAGGAGAACCCGAAGUUCAGGGGCCACAUUCUGGUGGAUCCAGACACGAAUCCUGAGGACCGCAAAUGCAAGAAACACAGAGAGGAGAUCAAGUUUUACUGCCGACAGGACCAGAGCUUGGUCUGCACAACCUGCAUCAUCGCAGGAGACCACAAGGGUCACGAUGUGGCUACGUUGGAGGAUGAGCACAAGACACGGGAGAAACAAGUGGGAGAGGAGACGCGGGCGGUGGAGGAGAAGAGGAGGGAGGCGGAGGAGUCCGUGAGGCGGAUGGAGGCCGCUCGCAGGGACGUGCAGGGAUCCAUGACAGAUGAAAAGGCCUCAAUCUCGGUCAGAUUCGCCCGCGCGAGAGCAGCGUUGGAUGUGGAGGAGAAGACGGCGUUAGAGCAAGCGGAGCAGAAAGGGCGCGAGCUGCUGACCCAGAUCGAGAAGAAGAUCGCUCACUACCAGCGCGAGAUCAGCGAGCUCCAGGCAGCAGCUACACGCCUGCAGGCCCUAGCGCAGGAGAGGGACUCGCUCGCGUUCCUGCAGGGGCACCUGGAGGAGACGUGCAGGUAAAAGACGACUUUCACUCACGACUCGACACACGACAACAUGGGACUGAGUGUCGGGUGCGGGCAGUGAGACAUUGGCUGUGUGGGGAUGCUGUGUGUGGUGAACAUGUGUGUGGUGAUGCUGUGU